GAAACGGUAUAUUUUAUAAUUAAAGAUUUGGUCACGCUGACAUCAACCCUGCCUUUGGGAGUGAAAUGCGAAUUUAUUUACAAAAUUGCCAAUACGUGAAAAAUAAGGCUGUGUGUAAUAAAUGCGUUAAUAAUUUUAUCACCAUUUGGAAUCUGCACUCCUGAAUGCCGUACUGCAGAUAAAAGGAAUUUGUGUGGUUUGUGUGAUUGUGCAAUGUACGCGGAGAAAAAGAUUGUAAGGGAGAGCGCGGCCCUGUUUAUGUGGUCAAGAUGUGAUUUGGCUACAGAUUCAACAUUCAAACAACGACCAAAACAAUAAACCCCGCGACCAGGCUAAUUUUAGCGUGUGAGACAAGAACAAUAAGAUCACACAAGCGGGCAGCCAAUCAACAAUAACAACAGCAAAGCCAACAACAUCAACAACUAAGCGUACUGAGCGCGCGCGUCUGUAUGCGUGUCUGUGUUUAACUCUAAGUGAACGUGUGUGUGUUUGUGUGUGUAGAAAGUGCGGACGUCAGGCGUUGGCUGUUGUCGCCUUCUUCGUCGCGGUCGCGGUUGCCGUCGCAGUCUAGCUGUAUCAAUCACAACCAUGUCCAGAAUUACAUUGACCACGUUAUCACACAGUGGAGGCUUAAGCAGUAGUAGUAGUAACAACAACGGCAAUAACGACACACGCUCUGGGACGCUGACGCAUUUAAUGGAAGAGCAUCAGCAGCAGACGGGGACGAGAGCUGGAAUGUCAGGCAGAGGAUCGUCCGAUAGUCCUGUUGCUGGUGGCUUGCUGUCAGAUGGAGCAGAUAGACUACGGCGACAGGGGAGUCGACUGCAGACGUCGCGAUUCGCCUGCAUGCGAUGCUGCGGUAACUUUCUCACCUAUUUGGUUCGAUUGCGCAGCACACCUGAAGAACUGGAACAACGCUACAAAUCCAAAGAAAUCGAUCGGUUUUUAGAAAAGGAGAAGCAUACGUUUCGACGGCAGGUUAAAUUGUUGCUCCUGGGCGCUGGCGAGUCUGGCAAAUCAACCUUCCUCAAGCAGAUGCGCAUCAUACAUGGUGUGAAUUUUGAGCCGGAGCUACUGCGCGAAUACCAACAUGUGAUAUACCAAAAUGUUGUAAGAGGUAUGCAGGUCCUCCUCGAUGCACGGGAAAAGUUGGACAUCUCUUGGGGCAGCAAUGGACGUGAGCAGGACGCUAAUGACGCCAAAUUAAUGGAGUGCAAUGCAAUAGAGGCAGAUCGAUUUGUUGAAUAUGCGCCGCUUAUCAAGCGACUUUGGCAGGAUCGUGGCAUUCGACGAGCCUACGAGCGACGACGAGAAUUUCAAAUUAGCGAUUCGGUCAGUUACUUUUUAGACGAAAUCGAGCGACUGGCAAAACCCGAUUAUGUGCCCACUCACAAAGAUAUUCUGCACUGCCGCAAAGCCACUAAAGGUGUCUACGAGUUUUGUGUCAAAGUUCAAAACAUUCCAUUUGUAUUUGUCGAUGUGGGCGGACAGCGUACACAGCGCCAAAAGUGGACUCGAUGCUUUGAUACCUCAGUUACGUCGAUUAUAUUUUUAGUUUCCAGCUCAGAAUUUGAUCAAGUACUGGCAGAAGAUAGAAAAACCAAUCGUCUGGAGGAGUCUAAAAACAUUUUCGAUACCAUUGUGAAUAAUAACACAUUCAAAGGCAUUUCAAUAAUAUUGUUUUUGAACAAAACCGAUUUGCUCGAGCAGAAAGUGCGCAAUCCAGAGACUGAUAUACGCUGGUACUAUCCACAGUUCAAUGGUAAUCCGCAUUCACUCUUAGACGUACAGAACUUUAUGCUGCAAAUGUUUAUGAGCGUGCGUCGCAGCACUAGCACCAGCCGGAUCUAUCAUCACUUUACCACUGCCAUAGACACGCGCAACAUCAAUGUGGUGUUCAAUUCGGUGAAGGAUACGAUUCUACAGCGCAAUCUUAAUGCCCUAAUGCUGCAGUAGUAAUUACAUACAUAAAGGGCCAUCCUCAUGGUCGUGAUCAUCAUCAUAGUUAUUCACGAAUCUCGCGCCAGCUCUGGUAAAAUUCACUACUAUACAGAUACAUAUACCAUAAACAUAUAUAUAUAUACAUGCAAAACGAAAGUGCCAGGCUGUCAGGAAAAAUUCAAAUUUGUAAAGGGCCGACCCAAUUUGUUGUUAACUUUUUAAAAUGGUUUAAUUAUUCAUAAAUCUUGUAUUAAAUGAAAUUAUUAUAUUA